CAAUAUUGUUUCGACUACAUACUUAGUAUCCCGACAUGAUGGCCGCCAAUUCCACUGAUAUAAUGUGGGGUCCGGGGGUCAUUGGAUUCGUUAUAGCUACAGCGUUCUAUGGGACAGCUUUCGGGCAGUACAUCUUCUACUUGAAAUAUUUCUCGCAAGAUUCAAAAAGACUCAAAUUAUUUAUCAUGAUGGUCUUUUGUCUCGGAACAAUAAACGAAUUCGCCUUGAUAGGGAUGUACUGGUCUAUCCUUAUUUCGUGCCGCCGUAGCACGUCCCUUGUGUGCACGACUGAACUUCCGUGGCAGAUGCUACUGGGGGUAUUUAUGUCUUGUCUGAUAGUGUUCGCAGUUCACUGCUUUUAUAUACAUAGAGUGUGGAUAAUCACGGAACACAAUCGCUUAAUCACAGGCAUAAUCUGCGUGUUCGCCACUACAUCACUCGUAUUUGGCAUGAUCACAAGCGGUUUAAUAUUCUUUACGAGAAGCCCUGCAGAUCUAUUCGGCAAAAAGUGGGCUCAGGGCUCCGCAGUCGCUGGUGCCUUGUGUGACAUUCUCAUUACAGGGACAGUCUGGUGGUUUUUACGUCCGGCACGAACAGGCAAUGUGCGAAGGCCGAAUUAUCUCGAACAACUGACGCAAAUGUUUGUCAACAUGGGUUUAUUUUCUUGCAUUGUGGCAAUCACGAUGGUUGUACUCUAUCAGGUCCAGAAUAGUCGUCUUGAUCAGUUCUAUUCCGCCGUUCCUGGAUCACUGCUAGGGAAAACCUAUUUGAAUUCGAUGAUGGCAGUGCUCAAUGCUAGGAAGUCAAUUCGCGAACGGCAACAACUUGAAGUUGGCCUCAGUUCAAUGGAGCUUCCUACCAUACCUACCAUACGUUGAUCUUUCGCUUGUGUUAACAGAAAUAUGACUGUUAUUACGAAUGUUACAGGCUUGCACCUGUAGUCGUAGGUUGGUCAAUAGGGUCUCUGGACCUGCCGCACCGCCUGCAUGUAUGCAUGGGGAGUACAAACGACGCGUCCGCGCACUCACUAUCGUUCCGUCGUCGACACCCCCGCUGGUUAGUUGCUGUUCUUAUUUACCUCAUAACAAGUUUGUGGUUAUUCUCUAGUUUUUCCUGAGUCAUCGAUUAUUGUCCGAUGGGGCUGUGCCCUACGAUAAACAGCACCUACUACGUUUCGCUGUAUCCGUGUGUGU